ACUCCAAGAAUCACAAGGUGGUCAAAACCUUUGUCCUUUAAACCAAGAACUCUCUAGAGAGUUAAGGAAGUUGAAGAAAGGCUCAUCCAAUCAGUUGAAAGAGUUUGAACCAGUGGAGAUAAACAUGGAGACCGGUGAAUCUAGCAACCCAGGCCAAAUGUCUCCCGGAGGAAGUAGUUCCCGAGCAAGCCCGAGUCAAGGAGCACACACGGAGGCUCAACCCAAUACCUCUCAAGAUCCAGUGGCACCGGUACGAAUACCAAUCUCUACCUCCAUGGAAAAUCCGAAUCUAAAUCCUUAUUUAGGAGGAGGAUUAGGUUUUCAAUUUCCACCGCAACUACAAGGGGUCGGGAUGCAAAAUUUUCCUCAUCUUUUGAACCCAAAUUUCUUCACAAACCCUAUGUUUGACCCAUACCAGAAUUUCCCUCAAAGAGCCCAACCCUACUUCUACCAAAGAGCACAAAAUUUUCAACCCAUGGCUACUCAUCUGGCUCCCCAAUUUGAAGAAGAAGAUUGCAUUGCCUAUCUCGGAAUCAAGGCCAAUAACUUUGAACUCAAGACUUCCAUGAUUAACUUGGUGCAAGCAAAUCAAUUUGGAGGUUCAAAGUUGGAAGAUCCUAAGGCGCAUAUCACCCAUUUCGACAGAAUAUGCCAAACUAUCAAGAUGAAUGGGGUGUCUAUGGAUGCAAUCAAGCUGCGAUUGUUCCCAUUUUCAUUGAGGGAUCAAGCUCUGAGUUGGCUCAAUUCCUUCGGGCCAAAUCAUUUCAACACAUGGGACCAGCUGUACAAAUCUUUCAUGCAAGAAUACUAUCCACCCUCCAAGGCUGCAAAAUUGAAGAAGCAAAUCCAGAAUUUCCAGCAAUUCGGAAGUGAAAAUCUGUACGAGGCAUGGAAGAGGUUCAAGGAUCUUAGGAGGCAGUGUCCUAGGAAUCUCCUAUCUCCUGGGGAUUUCAUUUCAUCUUUUUACGAAGGAUUGCUGGACAACUACAAGACAGUGUUGGAUACUUCUUCUAUGGGGGGAGUGUUUCUUGAUAUGACGCCCGAUCAUGGAGAGCAGCUGAUAGAAAGAAUCACAGCCAACACUGCGUAUUGGUACAAUGAAAGAGUCGAGCAACCAAGGAAAGAGAAAGCAGUAGGUAUGUUUGAAGUGGAUGAGAAGGUUGCCAUGCAAGCCCAACUGGAUUCGAUCCAACACAUGUUGAAAGAAAUGGUGUUGAAUAAGAAGGCGAAUGCUCAGUCAGUCAUUUCCUCAUCCCAGAUGCCACCCACACCACAAGCCUACUCGAUGGUACAACCAACAACUCCAAGCCCACCACCAUCUUCAACUAUGGCUAUGGUGCUCAGUUGCGCUAUUUGUGGCGGUGCUCAUGCUUCUCAAAGUUGUCAACUAUUGGAACCUGGCAGCCACAACUCUUAUUCAACUGUAGAGCAAGUUGACAUGAUUGGAUACCAAAGACCUCAAGGCCAAGCGCAAUGGAGGAAUCAAGUCAAUCCUUCUUGGAGCAAUCAAGGUUUUCAAGGGAGAAAUCCACCUCCUGGUUUUCAAGGCAACCAAGGCUUUAGAGGUGGAUAUCAAGGCAACCAGCAAUGGAGAGGAAAUCAAGGACAUGGUACGAGCCAAGAAAAUACUCAGAAUCAGCAAGGGUAUUCACAAUCAUCUCAAGAUCCGGAUAUGAAAACCUUCAUGAACAUGAUUAUGACACAAAUGAGUAAAUUGCAAACCGAAGUUGAAGGUCUUCGAGCUCAACAACAAGGAGGAGGUGCCUAAGCUUCUACCCAACCUUCAUUUAAUGGUAAACUUCCAGCAAGCACUGAAAAUCCUAGGAAUCAAGUCAAUGCUGUUGUAACUAGAAGCGGGAAGUCUUUGACUGAUCCACCCUUUCCAGACGAUAACAUUGCUCUUGAAAAUGAAGGGAAAGAAAAAGAACUUCUACCACAAAAAGGAGAUCCCGAAGGACAAGUGCAUACAAAGGAGGAUCCUAGCCAAGGUAAAAAGAACAAGGGCAAGCAAAUUGAUGAUUCAGUGAUUCCUUGCAAUUUAUUGCUAUUUCCACAAAGGUUGUGGAAGUCCAAAGAAACCGAGAGGGAGAACAAAUUCAAAAUGAUGCUUGGCAAGUUGGAGAUAUCUAUGCCUUUUGUGGAUGCUGUUACUCAAAUACCAUCAUACAAGAAAUUCUUGAAGGAUAUUUUGAGUAAUAAAAAGAAGCUGGAGAAGAGUGCAGUGAUAGAUCUUAGUGAGGGAGCAUUGGCAUGCGCUGCAAUACAAAAGAAUCUACCACCGAAGUUGAAGGAUCCUGGAAGUUUUGCUAUUCCAUGUAUCGUUGGAGGAUUUGUUGUGGGUCGUGCUCUAUGUGAUCUCGGAGUUAGUGUGAGCCUCAUGCCUUACUCCCUUUGCAAGAGGCUCAACCUUGGAGAGCCGAAACCCACUACCAUGACACUUCAAAUGGCGGAUCGCUCAAUAAAGCGCCCAGUGGGAGUAUUAGAAGACAUCCCAGUAAUGAUCGAUCAAUACUACAUCCCGGGAGAUUUUGUGAUUCUUGACAUUGAGGAAGAUGCCAAGGUACCCAUAAUCCUUGGUAGACCAUUUCUAGCCACAGCUGGGGCGAUCAUUGAUGUAAAAAGGGGGAAGCUUGUUAUGGAAGUGGCCGAUCACAAGAUUGAAUUUGAUAUAUUCAAAAUGGCCAAA